UUCCAUCAAAUUUAAACAAAAGCCAAAACAAAAUAAUUUGAAAUACUAGUCAGCAACAUGUCAUUUGAAAUCAAAAAAUAGAACACAAACUUCAUGCCUUCACUUCGGGCUGCUCGCUCCUCUUCUCUCCUCGCUCCUCUUCUCUCUCUCGCUCUCUCUCCCCCUCCCCCUCUCCCUCUCCCUCUCUGCAUCUAUCCUUCUCCUUGUCUCUCUUGCUAGUAUUGGAUUAUACGCAUCUUUUCUCUCUGUAUACAUUGAUUGUUGUCAUUUUAUUGCUUAAUUUGAUAUCUAUAUGUAUAUAUGUGCGUGUAAUUGAUUUCACUGCUCUAAUUUUUGUAAUUAGGGUUUAACAUUGAAGUUGCUUGUUUUUCUUUAUCCUUGUGUCGCAUUAUCUUCCAGAUGUCACAGCCUUUAGAGUUAAGAAUGUCUGUAGUUACCCUGUCUUAGUUUACUAUUCUGGGGGGCAACACUUGAUUGACAUUUAAGCCAUAUGUUUUGGAGUUCAGCAGCUGUAUGCCAAGUUGAUUUGUGUUUUUAAAAGAGGAAAAGAAGGCAUGGAAAUGAUAGAAUCUGAAGAUUUUAACAAUUUGGUUGCUCCUUUACUUGGUUCCCAAAUCAUGAUAUCGCUGCUUUCAAUUUCCUAAAACUCUGGCUGUAUAUCCAGAACUAUAAUGCGGUGUAGAAAUUUGGUGGAAUGUUUUUUUAGCUUAUUAGUGUGGUCUCGGUUUGUACACAGAGAAACAUGCUUUUCUUGUAUGGGCCUGGUGCCCAAAUUAUAGUAGUCAAAGCUCUUCCUAAUAGAGUCCAAGGUGUGGAAAAAACUUGUUAACAUAAGAAAAUACAGGGCUUCUGUAGUGCUGUAGGGUAGCGAGCGUGUAAUACGUAGGACAGGCAUAACAAUAGAAAUAGAAUUAGCAGCAUAGCCCAUACUUAUAUAUUUAAACAUAAUAUAUAAGUAUUAUGUCUGCAUUGGUGAAUUUGACAAAAUGAGGGCGGAGGACAGGGUCGACAUUCAUGAGGCCAUGGAACAGCAAACCAUUUCCAUUGCCAAAGCUGGUAUAACAACAGUACUGAAUCCUAGAACAUCUGUACUUGCAGCAGCAAACCCUCCAUCAGGACGUUAUGAUGAUCUAAAGACUGCACACGAUAACAUUGACCUACAGACGACAAUUCUUUCAAGAUUUGAUUUGAUAUUUUAUUGUGAAGGACAUCAGGAUGUACAGCCAAGACAAGCUAUCUUGACUCUAUAAGAUGGAGAGCUGGCCAGGAAACAGGGAUGCACAAGCUAACGUUCUGUCUCAAUUACCGACAAGGGAACUUCUUGGUUUGGAAAGUGUUUCCAAGGAUUGUUGUCGUUUCGUAUCAGACCUUAUGUCAGAAAGCUUAUUCAUUCAGCAGCAUUCGAAGAGAAAGAACCAAUUUCUGGUUUCUUUUAGCAGGAAAGUUUCAAAGGGUGUGAUGAUGACAUCAAAUUUGUUAGCUACAUUACUGCCGGAAAGGAAGGGUGCGAAAAGUUUUAGCCUAGAUAAACUAAAUUGGGUUUUGUUACACAUCGAUGAUGACUAGUUAGUUAGAAUAUUUUAUCUUAAACUUUAUUUGUAAUUUUGAACGAGAUUAAAUAUUUAUCUCAUGUAUCACCUACUUCAAAAUAUUAAUUUAGAUAAUUAUUGAAAAACGCAUUUGUGAU